UGUCUUUGGAGUCAUCCGUACCACAAAAAAGCCUAAACUGCUUUUAGCAGUCACCAAGUCUGAAGGCUAGAAAAGCAUCAAGCGCACCACUGAAAGGAUCUAUUACAGUGAAAAAUUUAGGGGAAGGCAGAGAGCGACCAGACUGCUGUCUGAGAGGGAAGAGCACACUGAGGACGGAGCAGAGGCUUCUGAAGCUCAAGAGUAAUCCAAGAUGUGGAAGAAGACAAAGGUGGCUGACCAGACUGCCACUGGGCAGGCGGGAAUAAAGAAGAAGUCAAAGGUGCCUGGUGUUAUGAUAACCCAAUUUUUGGAAGAACUUCCAGAAGGAAAGACAACUCCAGAUUUUACUCGGAAACCCAUUGCUCUCACCAUUCAAGAGGGUAAACAUGCAUUCUUUAAAGCCAUUGUGGUGGGUGAUCCACAACCCAUUGUGACAUGGGAAAGAGCAAACGGAGAACUACUCUUUCACCCCAAUGUGUGCUUUCAGAGGUAUGAUGAGGCAGCUCAAGAACAUUACCUUGAGUUCCCAAAAGUGGCACCAGAAGAUGCUGACACGUACAAGUGCUACGCUACAAAUGAAUACGGGAGAGCUGUCUGCACUGCUGUUCUUAAUGUUAUUGAGGUUGGAUUCUCAAUGACCAAACAACUUCAAAAAGCAAAAAUGGAAGAUGUUUCUGAAAUCAAGAAGAAGCUAAAAGCACGGAAGACAGAUGGUUCACGAGAGGACAAGCCUAUGGAGACAGAGGAGAAGGUUUGGGAAAUUCUGCUCAGUGCUGACAAGAAGGACUAUGAGCGCAUCUGUUGCGAGUUUGGCAUCACGGACUUCAGAGGCAUGCUGAAGAAACUGACGGAAAUGAAAAAAGAACGAGAAGAGGAAAUAGCUCAGUUUAUCUCACACAUUGGGACACUAAAACCUGUUGAGGUCAAAGAUGAUGACUGUGCAACAAUUGAAUUGGAUAUGGACCUUGUGGAUUCCGGCAGCAAAAUUUACUUGUACAAGGAUGGUGUAAUGGUUCCAGUCACCAGAGAGGAGAGUGAUGGGAAGAAGCAUAAUUUGAAACAAGUUGGCAAUAAAUAUAUUUUCACCAUCAAAAAUCUGGGUAAAGAUGAUGCUGGACUUUACUCUGUCGAUGUUGGUGGAGUAAACGUGUUUUCCACUGAAUUUAAAGUGCCUGAAGUUGACUUUGCAGUCAAAAUACAAGAGGUCAAGGCAGAAGAAAGAGAAGAUGCCCUUUUUCAAUGUGUUUUGACUUCACCAAUGAAUGAGAUUAAAUGGUACGGCAAAAGUGCUCUGCUUUCAAACAGCGAGAAACAUGAAAUUAUUGCAUCUGAAGAUAAACUCAUCCACAAGUUGAUUGUGCGAGACUGUCUGCCUUUGGAUGCUGGUAUCUAUGCAGCUGUGGCUGGAAUCAAGUCCUGCAAUGCCUGGCUUAUAGUUGAAGCAGACAAAGAUCCUGCUAAAAAAUCUAAGAAAUCAGCUCGCAAAACUACUAUGGCUGGUGCUGGCAAUGAUGAAGAGCUGUUGAGAAUUGCUAAAGAACAACAAGAAAGAUAUCAGCAAGAACUGACGGAGAAGAUGGACAUUGCCAAAAAAACUCAAGCAGCAAGAGAAGCUUUAGAAGCAGCUGCUCAAGCGGAGGAAGAGGCAGCUAAAAAAGCCCACGCUGAAGCCAAAGCCGCAGCCAAGGCCGCUGCAAAGGCAAAGAGAGCAGCAGCUGGCAAGGAUGGUGCUGUAAGAAAAUCAAAGAAAAAAGGAGCCGAUGCUGGGACAGCCUCAGGUUCUGGUAAUGAAGCUCAGGCAGGUGCUCUUGGAGUUGGUGCUGGUAAAAAUGCAGCUCCUGGUGUUGGUGCUGCAGGUAGUGCUGAGGGAGCACGUGGUUCAGGUGUAGCAGGAAGCACAGACGCAGCAGGGACUCCCGGAGGAACAGGGGGCCCAGGACUAGCAGGGAGUGCAGGAGUGGUAGGAACCACAGGAGCAGCAGAAAGUUCAGCUGGUACAGCAGGGGCAGGGGGAGCAGGAAUGUCAAUUGGUUCUGGAGGUGCAGGAUUAGGCAAUGGUGCUGCUGGUGCAGGAGGUGAGGGUUUAGAAGAGGAUUUUGAAGAAGAUGAGGAUUAUGAUUCAUUUGAGGAUUCAGAUGAAGACAUGGAUGCAAAGGGCACUGAAAAAGGAGAAGAAACAGUAGAUGGUUCAGGUGCAGGAGAAGCAGGGGAAGGAGGUAAGGGAGGAGAAGAAAGAGAAACAGAAGGAAAACGCAAGAAACGCGUGAGAGCUGGUCCACUUGUUCCAGAUACAGUAAUAGACCCUGGAGUUCACUUUCAAGCUGGCCUGUCUGACUGUAAAGCCAAUAUUGGAGAAGCGGCAGAGCUAGAGUGCAAAGUGAGCAGGGAGGAUUGUCCCGGGAUCUGGUACAAAGAUGGAGUGGAGAUUACUUCAUCUGAAGGUGUGACCAUUUCAAAAGACGGAUGUUUCCACAGGCUGAAAAUUGAUAAAGUCACAGAGGAACAUGCCGGAAAAUAUAAAUUUGAAGCCGAUGGACGCAAAACAGAAUCGGAAAUUGUUGUUGAGGAUCCACCCAGGUUUGAUGCAGAGGAGUUGGAAAAAUUUAAAGCUACUGUAACUGUGAAGAAAGGACACAAAGCUACAUUCAAAAUAGCUUAUGUUGGACGGGAACCUAUUAAAGUGCAGUGGUACCUUGAGGGGGAAGAGCUUUCAGAUGAAAGCAACAUCAAGAUUGAGCACUCAGAGGGGAGUAGCCAACUGCUUUUGUUGAAACUGCAACGCAAGGACAGUGGAGAAAUCAAAAUAAAACUGAAAAAUGAGUUUGGCAGCGUGGAGGCCUGCACUGAGCUUAAUGUACUGGAUAAACCUACACCUCCAAUGGGACCUCUAGAGAUUAUUGAGGCCUCAUCUUCUGGAAUUGAAUUCAAGUGGAAGCCACCAAAAGACAGCGGUGGCUGCAAGAUACAAAACUACAUCCUGGAACGACAGCAAAUUGGCCGUAACACCUGGAAAAAAGUGGGGCCAAUUGGUCCAGUUGCUUUGUACAAGGACACUGAUGUGGACCACGGCAGAAGGUACUGUUAUCGUAUCAGAGUGGAGACAGAAAUAGCAAUCAGUGAACUUAUGGAGACAGAGGACAUUCAAGCUGGAACAAAAGCAUACCCUGGACCUCCAUCAGCACCAAAGGUUGCCAGUGCUUUUAAGGACUGCAUCAACCUUACCUGGUCUCCACCUGCCGACACCGGAGGAACCAACAUUCUGGGAUACAACCUUGAGAAACGCAAGAAGGGUAGCAACCUCUGGGGCCCAGUCAACCCGCAUAAUGAGAUAAUCCAAGCUAAAGGAUAUGCCGUUAAAGAUGUGGUUGAGGGAAUUGAGUAUGAAUUCCGUGUGGCUGCAAUCAAUAACUCGGGUGCGGGAGAAUUCAGCACACCGUCUGAAUUCAUAUUUGCCAGAGACCCUAAAAAACCUCCAGGAAAAGUCACAGACUUGAAAGUGACUGAUUCCACAUAUACCACACUGUCCCUGUCUUGGAACAAACCUAAAGACAUUAAGGGGGUUGAAGAUGAAGCAAAGGGAUACUUUGUGGAGAUUAGGCUAGCAGAAAACACAGACUGGGACAGAUGCAAUUCCAACGCCAUAACUAUGACUUCAUACACAGUAAAGGGGAUGAAGUCAUUGGCAAUGUACUGGGUGAGAGUCAUUGCUACAAAUGAUGGAGGAGAAGGAAACCCCCAGGAACUAGACAACUAUAUCCUUGCCAUGCCCCCUCCUGUGAGACCACGGUUCACAGAUGCAAAAGUCAAGAGUUUCAUGGUGGUAAGAGCCGGAAAUUCUGCUCGUUUCAAUAUGAACUUUGAGGCUUCCCCUUGGCCAGAGGUGAUCUGGCUGAAAGAUGGAGCGCCAGUGUCAAAGAAAGUAACAGUCAGCAACGCUGAAGGUAACUCUCAGCUUCUAAUUGCAUCAGCUGAGCGCUCGGAUACUGGAAUUUACACCAUCAUUGUGAAGAACAUUGUUGGACAAGAAACAUUCAGCGUUGAAAUUAGGGUCACUGAUGAGCCGAAGCCCCCAGGCCCAGUGGAGCUGGACGAAAACGUCCCAGGCACUGUGACCGUUUCAUGGACCGCAUCUCCAGACGAGAAGCGUGACGACCGGCUGCACUAUAUGGUGACCAAGCGUGAUUCUGUCAAAAGGAGUUGGCACACCAUCGCCGAUAGAAUCUUCAACAAUAAAUUCACAGCCUGCAACAUAUUGCCAGGCAGAGAAUACCAAUUUAGAGUAUACGCCAAAAAUGACAUGGGCUCCUCAAAACACUCGGAGUCACAAAAGUGGCUGAUUCCUGCCAAAAAAGAAAAGUUUACAGUCAACAUGCCAGAGUCCAAACCAUGCGAUCUACAGUGUGCUCCAAAAUUUAUCGUCCCACUGAAACAGCAUACCGCUCCACAAGGAUAUGAAUGUUACAUGAGCUGUGCUGUAAAAGGAGAUCCAACACCUCAUGUGACAUGGCUUCGGAACAGCAUCAGUCUUAAUACAGACACCAACUACUUCGUCUCCAACACCUGUGGCGUCUGCUCUUUACUAAUAUUAAAGGUUGGAUCUAAGGACACUGGGGAGUACAAGGUUGUUGCAGAAAACCCUUUGGGAAGGGCAGAGUGUUCCACCAAGCUGACAGUCAGAGAAUAAGAGAGCUGAGAGAAGAAAGCCACAUCUACGUUGAUAAUAUUUUAAAAAGCUGUUUUUAAUUCAGCAAAGCCUAAAAUUCAUUUAUAACGAGUCUUAUAAAUGUGUUUGAUUCAAAAAUUCAACAAAAAUUGUGUAAAUCUAAGAUCAUCUCACGGAAUUAAAAGUUGCAAGAAUCGACACUACAGUUCUACCUUUAACAACCGUAAUAAACAUCAGAAAACAAGGGACAAAAUGUUAGUUGUUGUUUUGUUUUGUUCAAUAACAUUUCAUUUUUUGGUCCUUUUAUGUUUUAACUUUCAUAAAUAUCUAUGGACUAUAAGAUUAAAUAAAAGAUGAUGGUGAUUCUUGUGUAGAACAACUGCAGAUACUAACCAAAAAAAUCUGUGUAAUAAAAAGCAGUGACAAAUGUUUUUGAA